AUGACAAUACCUAUUCAAAAUUAUCCCAGCUUUGUAAGAGCUAAUCGGAAAGAUGUGAAGACCCCGUUCGGUAAGGCGGCUGCAGGGCAGCAGUCCCGAACAGGCACAAGUGUCUGUGAUGUUACUGUGAUGAAAAGAAAGGCUGUACACAAGAAGCAUAGGAGCAGACCCACCUUCCAGCCUCGGAAUAAUAUCGUAGACUGCAGAACUCGGCACGGAUGGAAAGAAGGAGAUGAACCUCUAACUCAGUGGAAGGGAACCGUUUUGGAUCAGGUACCUGUAAAUUUCUCUCUGUAUCUUAUCAAAUAUAAUGGAUUUGACUGUGUUUAUGGAUUGGAAUUGCACAGAAAUGAAAAAGUGUCAUCACUUGAAGUACUUCCUAAUAAAGUUGCAUCAUUUAGACUCAGUAAUACACACUUAACUGAAAUUAUGAUUGGCAAAGCAGUGGAACAUAUUUUUGAGACAGAGGAAGGUUCCAAAAAUGAAUGGAGAGGGAUGAUCUUAGCUCAGGCACCCGUCAUGAAAACAUGGUUUUACAUUACCUAUGAGAAAGAUCCUGUAUUAUAUAUGUACCAGCUCUUAGAUGAUUAUAAAGAUGGUGACCUACACAUCCUUCCUGAUUCCAAUGAUUCUCCUCCUGCAGAGAGGGAGCCAGGAGAAAUUGUAGACAUCCUAAUAAGAAAACAGGUGGAAUAUGCCAAAGAUAAUGGUUCCAAGAGAACUGGCAUGGUCAUUCAUCAGGUAGAAGCAAAGCCUUCUGUGUACUUCAUCAAAUUUGAUGAUGAUUUCCACAUCUACAUCUACGAUUUGGUAAAAACAUCUUAA